AUGGCUUCUUGCAGUGGUAAUAAACUACCUAACGGCUAUGGUGAUGAAUAUGAGUGGAAGAGAAGCCUGCCUCCCGGACAUGGUUUUUAUCCCACCGAUCAAGAACUCAUUACCAAAUAUCUCAAAUAUAGGGCUCAAAAUCUGAAAAUUCACCCGGGAAUCAUUAACGAUCUUGAUAUUUACAACCAUCAUCCUAAAGAACUUGAAGGUGCUUAUGGUUUGAAUGAAUGGAAUGGGCGAAUGUAUUUCUUUACGGCGUUCAAGAGGAAGACUAAAGAGGGAAAGAGAGGCGACAGGGCGGUGGGCGGUGGGAAGGGUUUCUGGAAAGCCUCUCAGGCACGAGAAAAGGUGAAAGACGACGAGGGAGUGGUGAUCGGCACCAAACAACCCCUGGUGUUUCACGAUGGUAAAGGCACCAAAACUUCUUGGCUCAUGUCAGAGUUUCGAUAUCCUGAAAAUUUCAAUCCUCUCCCACUUUAUAAUCAGACAGAACAUGAGUUGGCACUUUGUGUGAUCUAUUAUCACGGAGAGAGGAACAUCAUAGGCAACAAUCAAGAAUCUAAGAGCAACAACACAAAUCCUAUGAAGAGGAACAUCAUAUGCAACAAUCAAGAAUCUAAGAGCAACAACACAAAUCCUAUGAAGAGGAACAUCAUAUGCAACAAUCAAGAAUCUAAGAGCAACAACACAAAUCCUAUGAAGAGGAACAUCAUAGGCAACAAUCAAGAAUAUAAGAGCAAUAACACAAAUCCUAUGAAGAAUCUCCAAAGCUCUCAUCUCAUUCCAACUCCUUGUCCAAACCCUAACUUCACUACAACUUCAAACUUGCAAAACCCCAAUCACCCACCAUAUCCAACCCUAAACCCUAACUUUAAUGCAACUUUUGCCAGGCAAAGUCCCAAUCACUUACCAUCACCAGCCCAAAACUCAAACUUCAUUGCAACUUCAUCUCUAUAUCCAACCCAAAACCCUAACUUCAGUGCAACUUUUACCAUGCAAAACCCCAAUCACCCACCAUCACCAACCCAAAACCCUAACUUCAUUGCAACUACUUCAUCUAUGCAAAACCCCAAUCACUCACUAUCUUUUGCCCAAAACCCGAACUUCAUUGUAGCUUCCUCUCUGCCAAAACUUCCAUCACUCACAACCUUCAACCCAAAACCUUAA